AUGGUGCUUCUGAUUAAUGGAUGUCGUUGGCAUUUGAAGAAGUCUGACAUUGUGGGUCUUCACCUAUUCAAAACUGAAGGCAUUGAUGAACUACUUCAACUUCCUGACCUGAGAGCAAGCGCUGAAGCCUUUAGGCAGACCGAUAUCAUCUCGAUCAGUUCUGAAUCAGAAAUCCUGUAUGUGCACCAGAAUGAGUACGCUACUGUUGGUUUUCCUAAAACUGCCUUUCCCCUUACUUCCAACUCGAAAUAUCUUCGGCCGCACCCCCACUUGCCUCGCUUUGUGGGUACUUCGCAGAUGACCUCAUGCCACGCGGUGAUAGUGGUCUCCGCUGAUGCCUUUGUUUUUGGCCACCUUGAUGGAAGCGGAGGGGGCAAACUGACUCGUGAAUUCUUUCGUAAUGUCAUCGACUUCCUCUCAACAAGGGUGCAGGAUCAAGACCCGCCAAAGGUUCACAUUGUUGGGGGCUUUUCGGACCCGUACGGCCACUCAAAGGGUGUGCUCACCCAGAUUUUGACAGAGCUGGCUCUUUCCGAAGUAAGUUUCAGCCUGAAGACAUUUUGCGCCUACACUCUGAAUGAGUCGGAAUCUGCGAGCCAAGGUACUGUUCCGCAGCCGGUCGUCCGGGAUGUUGUAUAUGACAUUUGGUCCAACAAGCUCUUCCCCGCCAAAAUAGCUCUUGAGGCCACCGGUCCCCUGGGUGUCCUGAGAUCGUCCUACACGUGGUCUAAAACAGCUAGACUGAGAAUGAACAGUAUUUUUGAUCCACUCACAUACAACAUAACCAUUCGACCGUUCUCUUUCAAUCCACUCACCCUUGUCGAGGCGAGAAAGUUCGCUCACUUGCCCAGGGAACAGCUGGAACACUUCUCCACCACACCAAAGCAAGAGUCAGACGGAUUCUAUACGAUGCUGCGCGCGUUGGGCCAGCUGUUGACGAACAUGUCCGCUGAGCCUGAGAUUUUCCGUAAGGGUCUUUUAACUUUUUCUUACGACACCCUAACCAAUUCCUGGAAGCCCCUGAAUGUUGCAUCAGUAGAAGCGUCGAGAAAUCUAUGGGCUACCUACGGCUUGACCCCUCAUUUGUAA